UGCGUCACGUGCAUGGAGCGCAUUGAUGGCGCCGAGAUCCGCACACCGUGCGGCCACUACUACGACGAGCAAUGUAUCGAUCAGCUCUUCGACGCCGCCUCGAAGGACGAGGCACUAUUUCCACCCACAUGCUGCGGCAAGCGAAUUCCACUGGCUUCUGUCAGGGACCACCUUUCCCCAACCACUCUGGCCAGCUUCGAGGAUAAGCGGAGGGAGUUCGGUUCCCAGCGGCGCGUUUACUGUGCGAAGGCCUCCUGUAGCCGGUUCCUCAGCGUGCAGUACGACAGCACGCGGCUCACGAUGAGUGCCCCUCGGCUGAGGUGUCCUGACCCUGAAUGUGGCACGGUGACGUGUAUGCGGUGCAAACUGGAGGUAAAGGAGGGCGUGCAUCACCGGUGCGACAAAGACGUGGAGGAUGUGAACGCUCUGGAGCUGGGCGAGCGGUCUGGAUGGGCGAGGUGUCCUGGUUGCGAGACCAUGAUCGAGCUGAACCAGGGGUGCUACCAUAUGACGUGCCGGUGCAAGAUGGAGUUUUGUUACCUGUGCAAGAAGCAAUGGAAGACCUGCUCUUGCCCACGGUGGGAGGAC